GCCAAGCCACCGCCUCCCGCCCGCGACCUGCAGCUGCUGAGGCUCUCCAAGCGGCUGGCCGCCAAGCAAUGUCGGGGGAGAUGGACAAGCCGCUCAUCAGUCGCCGCCUGGUGGACAGCGAUGGCAGUCUGGCUGAGGUCCCCAACGAGGCCCCCAAAGUGGGCAUCCUGGGCAGUGGGGAUUUUGCCCGCUCCCUGGCCACACGCCUGGUGGGCUCCGGCUUCCGUGUGGUGGUGGGGAGCCGUAAUCCCAAACGCACAGCUGGCCUCUUUCCCUUCUCAGCCCAAGUGACUUUCCAGGAGGAGGCUGUGAGCUCUGCAGAGGUCAUCUUUGUAGCCAUGUUCCGGGAGCACUAUUCCUCGCUGUGCAGUCUUGGUGACAAGCUGGCUGGCAAGAUCCUGGUGGAUGUGAGCAACCCCACAGAGAGGGAGCAUCUUCGGCACCACCAGUCAAACGCUGAGUACCUAGCCUCACUCUUCCCUGCUUGCACUGUGGUCAAGGCCUUCAACGUCAUCUCUGCAUGGGCCUUGCAGGCUGGCCCAAAGGAUGGGAACAGGCAGGUGCUUGUCUGCAGUGACCAGCUAGAAGCCAAGCACACCAUCUCGGAGAUGGCACGUGUCAUGGGUUUCACACCCCUGGACAUGGGCUCCCUGGCCUCAGCCCGGGAGGUAGAAGCCAUACCCCUGCGCCUCCUUCCCUCCUGGAAGGUGCCCACCCUGCUGGCCCUGGGCCUCUUUGUGUGCUUCUAUGCCUACAACUUCAUCCGGGACGUACUGCAGCCCUACGUGCGGAAGAACGAGAACAAGUUCUACAAGAUGCCCUUGUCUGUGGUCAACACCACUCUGCCCUGUGUGGCUUACGUGCUGCUGUCCCUGGUGUACCUGCCCGGUGUGCUGGCAGCCGUCCUUCAGCUGAAGAGGGGGACCAAGUACCAGCGCUUCCCAGACUGGCUGGACCACUGGCUGCAGCAUCGCAAGCAGAUUGGGCUGCUCAGCUUCUUCUGCGCGAUGCUGCACGCCCUCUACAGUGUGUGCCUACCGCUACGCCGCUCGCACCGCUACGACCUGGUCAACCUGGCUGUGAAGCAGGUCUUGGCCAACAAGAGCCGCCUCUGGGUUGAGGAAGAAGUUUGGCGAAUGGAGAUAUACCUGUCCCUGGGUGUGCUGGCCUUGGGCAUGCUGUCACUGCUGGCUGUUACCUCACUUCCAUCCAUAGCCAACACACUCAACUGGAGGGAAUUCAGCUUCGUGCAGUCUACGCUGGGCUUCGUUGCCCUGAUGCUGAGCACGAUGCACACGCUCACCUACGGCUGGACUCGGGCCUUGGAGGAAAGCCACUACAAGUUCUACCUGCCGCCCACAUUCACGCUCACCCUGUUCCUGCCCUGUGUGAUCAUCCUGGCCAAGGGCCUCUUCCUCCUGCCCUGCCUCAGCCGCAGACUCGCCAGGAUCCGCAGGGGCUGGGAGAGAGACACUGCUGUCAAGUUCACCCUGCCCUCCGACCACUCACAGGCAGAGAAGACGAGCCACGUGUGAGGCCCUGGAAAUGGAAACAGGCAUAGCUUGUGGGGCCCUGAGCUGGGUUCAGGUCUCUUUUCUGGACUCUGCACAAUGGCGUGAUGAUAUAUGCAUGGGUGGUUGAGAUCCGAAUAUGCCGUGAUAUUCAGAAUGACACACCACACGUGUGAUAUGUAUUCACAUAUAUUUCAUAUAUAAUAGGAUUUGCUGUUAUUCUUACCUAGCUAAGAAGGUGGGUCCCUCUAUUUCAACGCAGGCAUUUCAAAGGAACUGCCACACACGAAACAGCAGACCCCAGCCUUGUGACAUUUGCAGAGGCAGACAGUCUCAGUAUAGGAGAGACUAUAUUUUGUUGGGUUCUACCCUUUAAUCCCCAUUCUCUAUGCUGGAGUUGGUGCAGAGCUGGGCCAAGUGCAGGCCAGGUGCAGCCUACCCCCAUCCCAGGGCUGAGAAGGGGCCCCGAGUAAACAGUGGGGCCAGGUCUGGACCCCGCUGCUGCUUCCCUGGGCAUGUACAGGGAGCCUUAGCAGGAUGUCCUGGGAUCUGCAGGAGCUUUUGCAGUCUAUCCUUUCCCUGGGGAAGGGUUUGAAGCCCCAUUCCAUCCUAGCUGAGCUGAGGAGAUUGUCCCUCCUUUAGAAUUCCUGCUAGAGUCACCAAGGAGCCUGCAAAUUGAUCCUUCUGCGAAGGUGUGAAGUCACCUCCUCCCCAGAGCCAUUAAUGAACCUGAUCUUCAGAAAGAGUGUAAUUGUUUUCCCUCCAUUAGGUUGAUGGUGACCCUCCUUUAAACCACUGUGCCUUCUCGCCUUUCCCACCAUUAACAUGGGCAUCUCCCUGGAAGGCUUGUCAGAGCAGCUCAAGGGGGAGGGACGCAUCAGAGCUUGCAGAGAAUGAACAGCAAGCCCUCCCCUUGGGUGUGGCCCAAGCCUGGGGGACUUGCCUUUGCUAAACUGGCCCCCUUUGGAUUUACCCUGUUGCCUGUGUGCAGAGAGCCUACCUUCUGGGCACCCAGAAACCAUCUUUGCCUCAUGCUCAUCCUCAGGGGGUCCACAGCCUCCCACCCAUGCUUUUUCCUCCCUCCCUCCCUAGCAGUUACAAUCAACCGCAGAAGUCUGCAAAUAUUGUUAUCUUUUUUAAUUCUUAAAGAGACCACAACCUUGUUUUAUUACAAUACUUAUAUUGUC